GCCCCAUUGAAUGAAGACAUGCACGGCCAUCAAUUCUUUCGUCAACCGCGCACCCCUCCUCGGCUCACUGCACUCACCCCGCAACACAUCCAUGUCUAUCGUGCCCUCAUGUCAACAUCGUCUUGUGUCAGUGGCCUCGGUCCGUCCUGGUCUGAGGGCACAAGAGCCCGUUUGAGCUGCCGCAGCUGCAGGAGUGAGACGUAUGACCUCAGCGGCCGCGUGGCGAAUCGCCGCUGCCGCUCCUGCUUGCCGCCUGUAACGCCCCUCCACGGCUCCAACUCAGACCUGAUAACAUGACACGACGCAUAAGGCACCGCACGGGGGGCGGCCGGUCAUUGACACCAGCCUUGAUUGAUGUCGUUCUUACGUCGGCAGAAACAGGCCCUUAUCUGUGGGGGGACGCACAAACACACGGAGAGGAGAGGCCCACAUUAUGAGACACCACCAGCUUUUCGCUGCCCGCUCUGUGUUUGCGCCUCCUCUCUCUUCCUCCCCCCCAGCGGUGCACCCACGUACCUUUGACGAAUGCCCUGCUCUUCUCGCUGAACCGCAGCAAAGCCCUCCCGACCAUCUGCUGCGCCAUCCUCUCGCCAUCGCUGCCGCCCAGGUCCAUGCCCAGCUCACCCGCCACUGCCGCCACAUCGUCCACAUCAUAUGCGCGCGCGAAGGUGACGGGUGUGAUGGGGCCGAUGACGGCGGGGAAGACCGCACCCUCGCGCAGGGACGCACCUAUCACUGCACAAACAACCGGACAGGCAGCCCGAUGGAAAGAUGGCUGCACUCGAGCAGCUGCCGAGCGGCAUGAUGCGUACGUACCAGGGUUGAUGGGCGGUCUGCCGGUCUUGUCGACGGCAGCGUGGCUUUGCAGGGCCGCCUCCUGAGGAAUGAAGGAAGACAGCAUGGCAUAUGAUGUGUUGGUUGUGAGCAGCCAUGCCAUGGCAUGCUGUGUCUUUGUGCGUAUACUGACUGAACACAUACCCGCAGGAGUGAGUUUGGCAGCAUGUGGAUCUGACGCAGGAAGGAGAUACACACAUGGCAUACACGAGACGGACGGACGGACAGACAGACACACGCAGCCCAGCCCCUCGUGCACAAGCAGAUCUGCCCACCCACCCCGCCCAUCCCCGCGCUCACCGAUAGCUGCGAGUUGAAGUAUAUCUGAAAGCCCACACACGUACAAACACAGACAAAUGGGAGGGAGAUAUACAUAUAUAUAUAUCACAAUGAACGAAGGACUCUAUCUAUGCAUCGCAUCAAACGACUGCAGGCAGCCCUCUGCCCACCGUACCGUCUUGAGUCGUCUCCUGGCCAGCAGAUCCAGCUCGGAUCCGUGUACGAUGAACCGAUCGGGGUCGCAUAUGAAGACCAACACAUCUCUGGUGGCAGGGUCGAUAGCCACACAGUCGUCAUAGAAGCUGGCUCGCUGCGAAUCGACCGCGUAACACCUGGAUGGGUGACACGGCAACACAACACAGACACAGACACAGAACCACCGCAGCGCACAUAAGGCAAGCCCAAAUCAGGGAGAGAGAGCCCUCACCUGAGAUGGCGAUAGUCGCGGCAUCGCAAUGGGGGCGCAGAUGGGCCGUCAGUGUCUGCCUUUCCAUCCAUUAAGCCGAAGUUCUCCAGUGGCACGUCCACCAUCCCAUCUCUGACCGUCGGCUGCCCCUCAUACCACCUCGCCCACAGGUCCCGCUGCCUCUCGAUGGCCGCCCUCAUCUCAUGCAUCACUUCGUCGGACAGGAACCGCGCAGAGAGGCGCUUCCGUGACUCGGGCGACUGGGUGCCUGCGUCUGUGUCUGUGUCCGUCUUGUCGGCAUCAGCAUCAGGGAUCCACCAGCCGGCCAUUUCCAGGACAUCGACGCCCCCUGCUGCUGUCACUGGCUUCUUGAGGCGCUUCAGCAGCUCCCGCACCUUAAAUGGCGCCCCUGCAGACAUCCACAGACAGAGGAUGAUUCCUCCCCAGAGUAUGUCUUCCGGCUUUCUCACCUUGCUUUGCUGCGGGAGUCGUUUCUUCGGCAGCUGUGUCAUCAUCGUCACUUCCAUUUGCCGCGCCAUUGGCAAUGACAAACAGCUCCAGCUGACGGAGCAGCGCCAAAACAGCGGGGUCGCUCGGAAGAGUUGACGACCCACUGCCUGUGCCGCUGCUCUCGGCUUCCUGACACGACCGAACAUAGCUGACGGCCGCCUGUACCUCCCGGAUGGCGGCCGUCGCCUCGUCAAGCGCCUUCCAGCCACCGAUAUAAACCGUCGUCACAUUGCCCUCUUCGGACACGAUCAAGCGUGACGCCACUCGCCGGAACGUGUGUGGCUCCCGCUGCACCAUCAUUGCUGUGGCCACGCGGAGAGCGCAGAGGGAGGUGGUGUCACCCACUGUGUCGAUGGGGGAAUGCCAGAUGAGCCCGGCCAGCUCACUGGACGUCAGGCGCUUGGCUUCAGGUCUGCCGAUGGAUGGGUUGCGGAAGAGCCGGCGCCACACGGUCGAGAGAGUCCACUCCGGUGCGAGGCUGCCCAUCAGCUGCGACGCCUUCCGGUGAAUGCUGGCCCAGUCGACCGCACCAGGGACAUCCGACCAGCAGUCGGAGAUCUGACCCACGUCAAUCACCCUCCUCUCGAUAGAGGCCGCGUCGUCUCGGUCGCUCCCCUCUUCAACAAGGGGCACGUCCACGACCACCGCCAGCGAUCGAGUCGAGUUGCGGAGCUCUGCAAUGGUGCCGAAGGCCACAGAUCUGUUGUCGUAGAACUCUAUAGUGAGGCCAGGGCGCAGCUGGACGGCCUUGUGUUGGGUGUCGGCAGGCAGGUUGGGCAGUGGCUGCAGCGCCAUCCUCUCCAGCUCGUGGCGUGACCGCAGAGGGAAGCCGCGGAAGCCCUCAAUAGUGGCCACACUCGAUGACGAUGAUGUUGAUGUACUGCUGUACGGUGUUGUUGGUAUCGGCUGUUCUCGUGUGGCGUUUCGCCGAUGGUCAACAGGUGCAGCCUCGGCACUGGCAUCGUCUGCUGCUGUGUUGGUGGAUGCCUGAGGCUCCUCGCCGAGCCACACAAUGCGCUUCAAGCGGUGUUGUCUGCGAGGCCUCCUCGUCUUGAGCUGAAGUAGAGACGAUGUGCCUGCGCUGGGUGGCGCCUGCGGUGGCUGAUCUUGCAUGCGGACAGUGGUCGGCCGCCGUCUGUCGAGCACUCGCCAGGUCUGCGGCCUCAGCGGGGAUGGUCGAUGGUUGAAUGUGCAGAAUCCACACGAAGCUGGCUGGGCGCCGAAGAGCAUCGGAGAUCCAGCAGAAGUCGACACAUCAACCAUCAUCUCCAUCCCCAGCGCCAUGGCAGCCACAGAUCUCCGGACUCAAGCCAGGACACCCUCAGCGCUCAAGGAAUCCCUGACGAUCGUUCUUCGUUGAGCCAGCUGCU